ACAGACAUGGGACAAAGGCCUGUCACAGAAUUCUGAAAAAACACAUGGUUGUUAAUGUAAAACCUCUGGCUUAUUAUUAAGUAAUUAUUAAUUUUCUAACUAGACAAAAUGUGGAUAUUAGACUUAGUAUUAAUUUUUAAUUGAAUGGAAUUUAUUUUAAUUUAGUUCCAUUACAGGUUAUUGUUCAGUAUGAACCAUAGAACCGUGUUUACAUGCGGAAUAAUUCGUUCUUAUUCAAAGUGUUAAGGUUAUACGUGAAGAAAUAACUUGUCUUGUUUAGAUAACUUUUAAUCUGUUUUGGAGUGAAUGGAUAUAGAUUGACGCGGCUUAUAGAUAACACGUUCCAUCUACAUUCCUUAUUUGAUGAGGACAUUGUGGUUUAAUCGAUCGAGGACAUACCUUGAAAAUGGGAUUUCCACUCGGGUGACCUAAUUGACAAGGUAGAGAAACAUAAAAAAUAGGUCAGAGCAUAAGGACCGCAUUGGUAUGGUAGGGCAUUCGGGCCACCACGGUAUGGCUGGGCAUUCUCCGUUUCUUCAGCUGCAAACCUCUGCUACACUGUUAGUACCUGAAUGGAGCACUGAAUCUAUAUAUGGCCUUAUCGGAGCUAUGCUUGCGGCGGUUGCAGCGUCAGUGACGUAUGAGUGCCUUAGCGAGUAUCUACAACAUAUCAAACGCAAAGCUCUUAUAAAACGACACGGACCGGAAUGCUGCGGGGCAUCAGUGGUGACAUUCGGUGAAAAACUAGGCCAGAGUAUCAUUCAGAUGUUGCGCGUGGUAUUUGCAUAUUUUAUGAUGCUGUGUGUGAUGACAAUGAAUGUCUGGCUUCUGAUCGCUGUCGUCGUCGGGGCAUUUGUUGGUUAUGGAGUCGGAAAGCCUCUUGUUGCAAACAGAAUCGAUGAUUCAUUUACCUCUCAUGGUUACGAUUCUGUCCCAGCCAAAGUUCACCGCCAUGGAAAUAACAAAAGCGAAAGGUCAAGGUCAUGGAGAUAUCAGCCGAUAGUAAAGCCGAAUCAGGAUUCGAAAACGAGGCAAAUUGACCCAGACGAUAUAUUCUUACCAGGCGUAGAGGAGCUUGAUUCAACUUCAAAAUACUCAAACAAUGCAAGAAAUGGUGCUGAUAUUGUGUGGAUACGCAGAAGUUCUGAGGAGCUUCGGCAAAGACCGAGUGAGAUUUCGGAUGUGUUUGAAGAUUCCGACAUUCAGUUAAGAAGUCAAGAUGACACUUUGAAUUUUGACAGUAUUAGAUCUGAAGGUAGACAUUCAUCACAGUCAUCCAGCCGCUUCAGAUCUACAAGUAAAGUCAUCAACGAUUCAUUCAGAUCAUACAAAAGUGAAAGUGAAAUGAGAAAGCAUAGCACGAGCGCAAAUACAAGUUUGAACGUUAGUUUUGAUAGUCAGAUGAUGGAUAAUUCAGACAGACGACACAAAGAGUCAAAAUCCAGCACUAAGAAGGUAAACAGGACUACGUCUGCUGCAUCCUCCAGCAGAUUCAAACCUGUAAGUCGCGAAAUCAUGAGACAGAUGUCAUUUAAUGACGACCUUAGCUAGUAUACAUAUGUGCAUAUUCAUAUACAAGUAAUUGUAAAAGUGCUGCAAUGUUGAAAUCAGCGAUGCAAGAUUAGUCAUUUGCAUAUUUUCAGGUUAAUGACCUGAUUUGAAACAGAGUCAAAGCACUUUGUUUCACUCUACCUCCAGUACAGUAGGGAAUUUCAGCCCAGCAUCAAACGCGAGUCCAGUACCCUAUACAAUAUACCUUCUCAAAAUCCUAAGGAAAAGUCAUGUUGCAUAUUCUGAGAGGCGCUGUGUGUGAUGGAGCAUAAUCUUUGGAAUAAUGCUGACAAUCCCGCAUAGGAAUAUCCUUAUCGAGAUACAGUCAACCCUGUUCUAAAAACGCAUGAAAAAGUACGCCCGUGAUGAAAUAAUGCACGGAGGGGCACCUCGGGUCUUCCUCCACCAUCAAAACUUGAAAGGCACCAUAAUUAUGACCUAUAGUUGUGCCGGUUCGAGGUCAAACCCAACAUCAACAACGUUGACGUCAUACCUGUCUUGACUGUAACAGCCCGUUUAAUUAAUGCAGUUGAAUCUAUUAUAAGAGGCAUCGUUUUGACAAAGAUCACUUUUUUCCGAAAGGCGGUCUUUGCAGGCAAGUUUAACUGUAGUUACUGUUCUUAAGUCAUAAAGUUUCUAUGUUUUAUACAUCUUUUAAGUUUGUUUGCAGCCCUGUAAUAGCCACUGUCUACAGAGUUACUUAAUAAUUGUGCAAGGUUUUCUUUUUAAUUUAUAAUUAGACUCAUUUAGUUAGAUCAGAUACUUCAAAAUUAAUCAUAGCAGAUGGUCCGUACAUCUGUGCGUAUAAAGUAACCGUUCUCCUGCGAAUAACCUUUCUGAAACUUUAGUGGUUUUAUAAUACUUAAAUAAACUGAUAAAUUAAAAAGUUGAUACAUUCUGCAGUCGUUUAUCAUGUUAAGCUAAAAAUCCAAGUUUGAAAUACCAUAGUGUGCCAGUUGUAUACCUUUAUAUAAACACCCAGUCAUGCAAGAAGUCUAAAAACUGCCGUAAAAUUUAUCAUGAUAAAGUAUGUCAAAUGUUUUACUCCACAUAAAUAGUGUUGCAAGUGUUAAUUUUCAUUUUUACUUAAUAUUGCUUGUCCUUUUGCAAUUAUUCACAUGUAAUAUAUACACCAUAAAAUGGAAUUCAUCCAUUGUUAAUUUUAAAUAUUUGAUUUUGUAAGCAGUAUUGAUAUACGUUGGCCGAGUUUAGCAAAGUAUCGUACAAAGUAUGUUUGAGAAGCGUAAUAACAUAUGAAGAGAUUUGAUUGAAUUCCAGUCAGAAUUACGUCCCCUUGGAUAACUUUUGUCAGAGGUAUAAUAGCCAGUAACAUGUCAGUAUUUAACAAAACUGUAUUUUCGUAAUAUGUUAAUGCGACUUUGUUUUUUUAAAAAAAAUGGUUUAAUCGGAAGGAAACAAUGCCUUAAUUUUUAUAAAUGUUUGCAAUAUCUGUAUUUGUGUUCACAACUUUGUAAGACACAAUUUUUUUAUUUGCUCUAUUAGGGAGCCUUAUUUUAUAUGAAAUUUAACAAAUUGAUUUGUCUUCGAUUAUUGUUGAAAAUACUACAGACAACUUGUAGUUUUAAACAGAAGAAGUAUACGAUAGUUUUUUUCCCUAAUAUUUAAGGAUUUGCAAAAAAUGUUAGUAAUCAUUUAAAUUAUAACCUAUGAUGAAAAUGAUAAUUACAAAAUCCGUACUUGAUACAAACUUUAUGAUAAAACUGUGAAAAAAUGUGAAAACAGGCCCAACAAUAUCAGAAUAAAUAUCGAAAAUCAGUCAAAUAAUUAUUUGAGUUUACAGUUUUUCAUGAGCAUGGUAUCAAGUACAGAUAAAUUCUUUGGAUUUUGCCUCAAUGUUUUACAGCUUGCUGAAUGUAUGAUACUGACCGGAAGUCGCUGAAUCACUUAAUAUGUUAACUUUUUAUUUGAGAAUUUAAUGCUAUUUUUGUGCGUUAGACGGGUAUAAACCACAUUGGGACUUCUUGAAAAUCCACGAAUCGCGUUAAGAAACAUGAAUGCGUGUCCCUUUAAAAUACCUCAAAGACACGGGCUAUGUCUCGACAACUUAAAUAGAUCUUGCGUUUUGCAAGUGGGAGGCAGAUUAAACCACGUGAAAAACAUUCUCUUAUCCAUGAUCACGCAAAUACCAAAUCCAGGAGCGUAUGAGUUUUUCAUUAUCUUACAUAUAUUUCCUGUACUUUUUAAUGUGCAAUAUUUUGUAACAUGCAUUUUUAUACUCUCGAUAUGUAUAUUUAUAUAUGAAAAUAAUUUCAUGAAAUGCUAUAAAGAAAUAAAUUUUAUAUCGUGA